UUGCACUCCCCGUAAAAAAUAGGCGACGACAACAUUUCCAAACUAUUGGUCCACCAGCUCGCUUCGAACUGUUACAACGUGCCCACACUGACAUGUCCGCUUAGGUUAGGACGAUACACCGCCCCCCCACCACCUCCAAAACACCACCACUCCCUCCCCCAUUCCUCCCUGUCCUCUUUCCAGCCAACUCUGCUUGCUGAUCAUCUUGACACAAUCACCUCAAACAUAAAUACAGGUCUAUGCGCUUUACGGACUCAACACGUAGACAAAAAUGAAAAUAUGAGAACGUGUGUGUGUAUGUAUGUGUGUGUGUGUGUGUGCAAGCAAAGCAAAAGUGCUUGGUGGGUGCCGAAUUCCCCUUGGAAGUGUUGACACUGGUGAAGAAUGUGCCUUGUGUGUGGCUUGUGUAAGCAGCAGAAGCUUCGAGUGGAAUAUUUCUCGUAAGACUCUUCUUGCAGCACAAAGCACUUGAUGUCUUUCCUUUGCCGACUGUCUGGAGGCUCCAGUGCCAGAAAGCGGGACAAAAAAAUGGAGCAACGUUGACGCCUGCUAACGGGAAUGACGGGUCGGCUUGACUCGACGCACGACUCAACUCAGCGCUUAUGAAACGUGAACAGCUGGGAAUUGCGGCGUCAAAGCGUCCCCAAACAAAUGCGUGUUGACGCCACAAGUUUGAUGCAGCCAAUAGGAAGUUCCUGCACUCCGCGAUCAACUGCAAUUGAGGAAUCAUCAGAACCACAAGUGCCUAUAUGUCAGCUGAUUAUUGGCUGUCAAGCUUGGCAGAAUUUGACGACGGCAUCUGCCGGAAAGUUCGGAAUUUAUUGGAUCAACAUAGCAUUUGUGUCCAACGAGCCAAUCAGGGUGCUCAGAUACUUCCGAAACGUCAAGUGGGAACUUCACAUGGAUUGCGUCUGCUCAGCGCUGCUACAGCAAAGGGCAGCAAAACUGUCAAUGCAAUUUGUGAAUUGCAAUCCGAAUGCUAAUACAAAAACGUUGAUAAUAACCAAGCAGCAUCCGUACUUGUGAGCUGAUGAGGGUAAAAAAACGUUGUCACUUGGCAUGAUGUCAUCAUAUGGCGCAUGAUUUUUUUUUGUCAUCCAAAGAAUGAUGCCAUAUUGUCCAAUGGAUGAUUUCAUGACCUCACGUCCAUUCAACGCUAUGACAUCAUGCAUUCAUGCCAUGACAUCAUGGCGGUCAACUGAUGACAUCCAAUUUACGUCAUAAUGUCAAUCAGGGAUUUCAAUUGCAGCGUUUCAAUAGUUGAAGGCAGCUAACAUGGCUAAUGCUGACUUCAUUUUUUUAAUAAAAAAAUGUUUAUUGUCAUUAUCAAAUUUCAGCGUUGAAGCUUUGGAGUCUUGCCGUGAUGGCGCGCUAAGGCGACGGCGACGGCGGUUGGCGCCGCUGUGACGUGAGCAGGAUGGGGAAGGAGCAGGACCUCCUGCAGGCGGUGAAGAGCGGCGACCUAUCAUCCACGCACAAGCUUUUGGCCAAGCUGAAGACCAGCAGGAGCAAACUUUUAGGAUCCACAAAGAGACUCAACAUCAACUAUCAAGACGCAGACGGCUUCUCUGCGCUGCAUCACGCCGCCCUAACGGGCAGCGCUGAGCUGUUGGCGGCGCUGCUGGACGCGCAGGCCGUCGUGGAUGUCAAGGACAGCAAUGGCAUGCGUCCGUUGCAUUACGCGGCGUGGCAGGGAAAGUCGGAGUCGGUCCUGAUGCUGCUACGCUCUGGAGCGUCCGUCAACGGCAUCUCGCUGGACGGACACAUCCCUCUCCACCUCGCCGCGCAGUACGGACACUACCAAGUGUCGGAGAUGCUCCUCCAGCACCAGUCCAACCCAUGCCUGGUCAACAAGGCCAAGAAGACGCCGCUCGACCUCGCCUGCGAGUUCGGACGCCACAAGGUGGCCCAGCUGCUUUUGAGUAGCAACAUGGUGGUGGCGCUGUUGGAGGGAGAGCGCAAGGAGCCCAGCGACUCGGCCUUCACCACACCGCUGCAUCUCGCCGCUCGCAACGGUCACAAGGACGUCAUCGGGUUGCUGCUGAAGGCGGGCAUCGACAUCAAUGCUACCACCAAGUCGGGCACCGCCCUGCACGAGGCCGCCCUCUACGGCAAGACCGAGGUGGUGCGGCUGCUGCUUGACGCCGGCGUCGACGUGAACAUCCGAAACACGUACAACCAGACGGCACUUGAUAUCGUCAACCAGUUCACAACCUCACACGCCAGUCGUGACAUCAAGCAACUGCUAAGAGACGCGACAGGGGUUCUGCAGGUGCGAGCGCUGAAGGACUUGUGGAACCUUCAUGAUCCCACCGCCCUCAACAUCCGCGCCGGAGAUGUGAUCACGGUUUUGGAGCAGCAUGCCGACGGGCGCUGGAAAGGUCACAUCCACGACAGCCAGCGGGGGACGGACCGCGUGGGCUUCUUCCCGCCUUCCAUCGUCGAGGUCAUCAGCCGGCGUGCCGGGGGCAACAUCUCACGGCACGCCUCCCUGCCCGCUCGACGCCGGUCCAGAGCCGCCCUGUCCGGCGGCCUCAACUUAUCCCCUCACGGCGACGACUCCUACUCCCUGUGUGCCCCUCCCGCCCCAGCCGCAGGAGACCGCAGCAGUGUGGGGAGUAGCGAGAGCGUGGGCAGCACGCGCAGUGCCGGGAGCGGCCAGAGCACCGAAAGCAACAACAACACGCUCAACAACAACAACACGCUAAGCCACGCACACAACGGCAUUGCCGCCGCCGCUGCUGCCGCUGGUCACCAUGAAAACAAGGCAGCGCCCCCUGCUGCUGAAUGUGGAGCUUCGCACCUGAGCAAGCAGCCUCAGCACCACGCAGGUUCUGUUGCAUCCCGCAGGCCAGUGGCUGAGCAGACCUUGACCCAGCAGCAGUUUUUUCGUCCUCAGCAGCUGCUGGACGGCAAGGAUUCCGAGGCCAUCUUCGAGUGGCUGAGUGACUUCCAGUUGGAGCAAUACGCGGGGAACUUCAUCACUGCUGGUUACGAUGUCCCCACCAUCAGCAGGAUGACGCCUGAGGAUCUGACUGCCAUCGGCGUGACCAAACCGGGACACCGUAAGAAAAUCUCGAUGGAGAUCAACAAGUUGAACAUUCCUGAGUGGCUUCCGGAGUACAUGCCGUCGGAGCUCGGCGAGUGGCUCGGCGCCAUCGGCCUCCCGCAGUACCUGAAAAGACUCUCGGAAAACGGCUACGACAGCAUUGGCAUCGUCAAAGACCUGACGUGGGAAGACCUACAAGAGAUCGGCAUCACAAAACUGGGCCACCAGAAGAAGUUGAUGUUGGCAGUGAAGAAGCUGUGCGACAUCCACCGGGCCAUCGUUCAGGCCGAGUCCGGCCAGGGAACGUUGCGGCGCAAAGCUCCGGGCGCGCUGCACGUGGUCGCCAUCGAGCCGCCGGACGCCGGCGGGGAGCGCUCGUCCCCCCGCACUCCGAAGACCAUGAUGACCUUCCAGGACAGCGAACUGAGCGUGGAGCUGCAGUCGGCCAUGUCGGGCCACUAUGCCGACUCGGAGGACGUCAGGACUGCAACGGCACCGUCCCACGGCCGGGACGGCGUGGACGCUCAAUCCCGAGGCUCCGGACGUUCUCAGGAACCCCCCGCUGUCUCCGUCAACGCCCACAGACUGUCCCAAGAGAGCCUGGACGGCAGCCCUGCCAGGGACAGGAACGUCCCGGAGGGCUGGGACCAGAGGCCGGUCCACAAGCUGGUCCCCCUGGGAACGGCGACUGUCUUCAAGUACCCCGCCGUCCCCGCCAAACCCAAAAUGUCCCGCUCUCACGGCUCAUCUCCUCACGGCUCACCGGCUUUGAAGGGCUUCAGCUACUUGCACUCUCACUGCGGAUCCGGCGACUCGUCCGCCGGACCCCAGGAGCAGGGCCGGACUCUGGUGCCCCCCAAGAAACGAACCUACAGUCUAAACCGCUACGCUCUAUCAGACGGAGAACCCGACGAGGACGAUGAGGAGCCGGCACGUCCUUCUGGAAACGUUCCUUCGUACGCCACCAUGAGCCGCAAACACGGCCGUGCUCACGCAGCCCGGAUGCAGUCUGGUCUGGAGAAGAGCGUCCACGUGGGCCGCAGUCAGUCUUUCGCCGUACGAGCGCGGAAAAAAGGACCCCCGCCGCCGCCUCCCAAGAGACUAAGCUCGGUGAGCAGCACAACCAGUGGCGAGUUGAGCGACAGCAGCACCGCAUCGUCAUCUGGCGGCGGCGACCCGGGUUCCGACAUCCGAGCUGUGUCGUUGGGCAGCAUCGUGACCGACGGCGGUUCCGUGUCAUCGUCGUCGUCCGGCAGCGUGGUGACCGGCAGCCCGGGAAGUGUCAGGAGCAUCGCGGCCUCCCUGGAAGCAAGUGCAGAAACUCCAAACGCUCCGGAUCCCAAACGCGACCCUGAUCCACAGGCGCCGCCUGCCACUGAAACCAAAGAGACCCUGGGGGUGAGGAGAAGGACGCAGAGCGCGCACGAGCCCGACCAAGGCGGAAAGUCGGACACGGAGGAAUCUGACGUCAAAAGCUCGCAAUCGCCUCACAACAGCUCCAGCGAGUGCAUCCCUUUUGCCGAGGAGGGAAACUUGACCAUCAAGCAGAGGCCAAAAGCCGCGGCCCCGGGACCUCCCAAAGCCGAGGCCGCGUCCGACAAAGCUGCCACCGCCAAGAGCCCGGAGGUCCCCGAAUUCAACCUGAAGGAAUCGGACACGGUCAAGCGGCGACACAAACCCAAAGACAAGGACGAAGGAUCCCCCUGCAAAGACCUGACUCAAUCUGAGGCCGACGGCAACGAGAAGAACCCGGAGGAAUCCUGCUUGCGGAUGGAUACGGGGGGCCCUGACAAACCUCUGCCGUCCCCGAAACCUCCGCUCGUGGCCCCCAAACCUGUACGGCAUAGCCUGCUGUCGGCGCAAGCUGGACUCGGGUCUCCAGCGAUUAGCGUCAGCGUGGUCCAAAGCCUGGCCUUCGGUGCCGCGUCGCCACCUUGGUCUCCAUCUCGCGGGCCUUCACCGGCGGCGACGGCCCAUUUUAGCCCCGCCCCAUCCUCACCGGUGGCCGCCAGAGUCCAGGCUUCGGGAAAUCCAGGUGGUACGGAGGUUGUCCAGCAGAGACUGGAUGAGACCAGCACAUCUCUGGCGGCGGCCCUCAAGGCCGUCGAGAGGAAGCUGAUCCUGGACCGGGACCAGGGUGACGGAGCCAAUACAGUCAAGUCAGCAGGAAACAUCCUGGAUGACAUCGGGAACAUGUUUGAUGACCUAGCCGACCAGCUGGACGCCAUGUUGGACUGAAGGCGCCGUUCAAGCAAAAAAAAAAAAAAAAAAAAGCACAGGAAGUGACAUGACCUCAAACACCAGCACUUAAUCAACACGGUGGAACCGCUUUUAUUGGGAAGUGCUGACAGGAGUAGGAACUCGACAGCCACUUUUCAUUCCGUACCUUAAGCGUGACAUCACGUCCGGGUCCAUAUGAUGAACACGCAAGUGUUUAUUGGAGCAAAACGUUGGCACAGAAACCAGGAGUGCACGUAGGACAUAAAACCUCAAAGCCGUAGAUGUGGUCCCUUCCCCGUGGCAUUGGUUUGUUUUCCUGUUGUCAAAAAUGAUGCGAGUGAUUUGUGGAAGAAAACACUGGAAAAAAAUGACAACAAACGGGGAAAAGACGUCCUCCUGCCGUCCAAGCAUUUCAAAAGUGUUCUUUCCGACUGACGCAAGCGAUUUGGAAAGGAAUCGCAGUCGUCGAGUGUCAGACGGGUUCGAUCCUUUCCGUAGGCGUCGUCUUAACUCUUUACUCGCCACCAUCAAUCACUGUGAUGAUGAUUAGCAUGCUCGUCCCCAGCGCGGCUAACCCCGUACGAUAUGUUAAUUAGCAUGGCAAAGCUUGUUUGCUCUUCAUUAGCAUGUUUGUGCUUUCACUUUCGUGUGGAUGAUGUCUACCCUCAGCUAAUGUUUCUUUAACAUUGCCUGUUGCGUUAAAGAGUUAAGAUGCUGCUAUUUUUCAAAGGGAAGCGCCUACGUAUAUUUUAUCGGAGUAUUUAAGCUUUAUAUGACACAGAUUGAUUCAACCAAAGUCUUUGUACAGAUUAUGAACAUGUUUAUAUUUCCUGAUGUCUUUCUGCACGCCGCCCUUGAUCACGUGACCGUCAUGUGACCUCGGCCGUCCCGCUCGUGCACGUGUGCAAUAGUACUUGCACGUUUUUUUUUUCCUUUUGAUACAUCAAAUUAAUUCAAAGAAAAGAUUAUUAUUAUUCCAACUGGCGUGCAUCUUGUCGUUAAUGUCAGGGUCCACAAAGUAUGGCUCAAGGGAGCACUGCAGCACUUGUACCGUCAAUUGUCCCAGAAUAUUUGUUCCUGAAAUUCA